AUGUCAUCCACAACAGAAUAUGUCGAUUUUCAAUUUUUCAUUAAUAUUCCCGGUGGAAUUGAAAGAAAUUUACAUCCGCCAUAUGUAUUCAAGUACAUGCGUUAUUCUUUGGAUCCGAGAAACAAAAAAAAACAAAUAAUAAAUCAAAAAAAGUUGCUAAUCUAUGCUAUUCCAAUUGAAGUUCACUUAAGAUAUAAAACAGCUCAAUCGAAGAACGAUGGUUAUAAAUUUUCUUUAACCAUUACGGACAAUAAUGGAAUAAAAUUAAAACCAAAUUUACCAAUUAAUUUAUCAAAAACAGAUCAAAUGAAAAUGCAUCAAUCAAAAAUGUUGAAUACAUUUUUUAUGAAGAUUUUAAAUAAUGAAGAAGAAAGUGAUGAUGAAGAUGACGAUAAAGACAUUUCGUUUUGA